AUGAAUACCAUAGAGAAAGACAGUAUUUCGAGUUAUGAACACCUCUACUCCCAAACUGAAGAAACGGCUGACCAUUCACAAUACCCAGAUGAUCUAAAUGAGGAAUUAUGCAUAACUACAGGACUGAAUAAAUGCGAAGCUAUUAUAGAAGAUACUAUUGGACAUGUUGAUUCUCUAGACAACGUUGGUGAAAAUUCUAAUGCGAAUGAUAAUGACGAUAUGAUGAAAAGGAUUGAAAUAGAUGUUAGGGUAAGUCAAAACAAUGACCAGUUAAACGAUUAUGGUGAAAAUUGCUCAGCAAAACAUAACUAUUCUAAAGACGUGAAAACUGAGCGAUGUGUAUGGGAAGUAGCAGACGAUAAAAACGUAACUUCGUUUGCGGAUAUGUCAUAUAGCAACACAUCGGUAAGAAAAUCAAUCAACUCAUCUAGAAAAAAUUCUAAAAGCAAAAUUUCAGCGCUUUUGAGAUGUCGGACAUUUUCAUAUUCACGUAAUAAUAAUAAUUCAGCAGAACCACAUUCGAGGCCACCCAGUCCAAUAUCACGGCGAUUUCGUCGGUUACGAGAUUCACUGGAACUUGCUGCUAGAUCACGUGAGAUACCAAUUGCACAUUUACCUCGCUCUUCUACACAUGUACCAUAUAGUCGGUUACGAGAUUCACUGGAACUUGCUGCUAGAUCACGUGGGAUACCAGUUGCACUUUUACCUUCUUCUACUACACAUGUACCAUAUAGUCGGUUACGAGAUUCACUAGAACUUGCUAGAUCGCGUGGGGUACCAACUGAACUUUCACCUCAUUCUACAGCACAUAUACCAUAUAGUCGGUUACGAGAUUCACUGGAACUUGCUGCUAGAUCACGUGGGAUACCGGUUGCACUUUUACCUCCUUCUACAACACAUGUACCAUAUAGUCGGUUACGAGAUUCACUAGAACUUGCUAGAUCACGUGGGGUACCAACUGGACUUUCAACUCAUUCUACAGCACAUAUACCAUAUGGUCGGUUACGAGAUUCACUGGAACUUGCUGCUAGAUCACGUGGGAUACCGGUUGCACUUUUACCUCCUUCUACAACACAUGUACCAUAUAGUCGGUUACGAGAUUCACUAGAACUUGCUAGAUCACGUGGGGUACCAACUGGACUUUCAACUCAUUCUACAGCACAUAUACCAUAUGGUCGGUUACGAGAUUCACUGGAACUUGCUAGAUCAAGUCAACUACGUGAGCCACGAUAUGCACCAGAAUAUCAAGUCAUUGAAAACUCACCACACUCAUAUCGAGGUUCACUGGAACCUGUCAAUAUAGAUAUAUCAAAUAGAUCAUUAUAUGCAUCACCACGUUCUUCCAUGUCUCCGUAUAGGUCACAACAUUCACUGUCACGCUCGAGCAUAUCAAUGCCAUCGCUUCGUUGUCGUUGUAGAUCGAUCUCUGAACAAAGCAUGCCGUCACAAUAUUGGUUACCAAGGCCACUUCGUAGAAGUUCAGUGCCAGCAGGCCUUUUGUGGCCUGCUACAAGCUCACCGGAACAAUAUAGGGUACGUGACUUACAAACAACAGAUAUAGUUGUUCCUCAAGAAUUUGAAAAACAAGUAUCUCCUUUCGUAACAUGGGAUCCUGAUACGUCGAGAUGGAGUCGUGAUUUUGAAGACAGUUUGGCAGAAUUUUGGGAUAAAUCAAAGCGUAUCGAUGUUGUGGGUCGUGGUACCUCUACAAGACCAGCAUCCAUAUUACGAGAGAAAUCAAGAGGGGCCGACAGAGUUCACUGGCGUAGUUCUUUGGCGCCAGAAGCAUCAUUUCGUUUUCGUCGCCUUUCGAGCCCUAGACAAAGCACACCGUCUCCACAUAGGUCUCCACGAUUACGUAGCAGCAGUCCAUUGGCGCCAAGAACAUCAUUUCGUCUUCGUCGUAGUUCGAGCCCUAGACAAAGCACACCGUCUCCACAUAGGUCUCCACGAUUACGUAGCAGCAGUCCAUUGGCGCCAAGAACAUCAUUUCGUCUUCGUCGUAGUUCGAGCCCUAGACGAAGCACACCGUCUCCAUAUAGGUCGCCAAGAUUACGUAGCAGCAGUCCAUUGGCGCCAAGAACAUCAUUUCGUCUUCGUCGUAGUUCGAGCCCUAGACGAAGCACACCGUCUCCAUAUAGGUCGCCAAGAUUACGUAGCAGCAGUCCAUUGGCGCCAAGAACAUCAUUUCGUCUUCGUCAUAGUUCGAGCUCUAUACGAAGGGCACCAUCACAGUAUCGGUUACCAAGUACACGUCGUAGCAGUUCAAUGCCAGCAUGCCAUUUGUGGCAUACUACAAGCUCACCGGAUAAAUAUAGGGUACGUGACUUACAAACAUCAGAUGUAGUUGUUCCUCAAGAACUUGAACAAUUAUCUCCUAUCAGAGCACCGUCACAGGACCCUUUGUGGUCUAACGCAAGCACACCCGAGCAUUAUAGGGUACGUGACUUUCAAACAACAAAUAUAAUUGUUGAUCCUCAAGAAUUUGAAAAACAAGUAGGUCCUUUCGUAACAUGGGACCCUGACACUUCGAGAUUGAGUCGUGAUUUUGAAGACAGUUUGGAAGAAUUUUGGGAAAAUUCUUACAGAGAAGAUUCUAGGCAUAAAUCACCAUUAGUGAAAUAUUCCAGCAGCAAUUCAUUGGGGCCAGAAACAUCGUUCGAUCUAAGUUACAUUUUGAGCCCUGGGCGAAGCACAUCGUCAUCAUCCAGGUCACGAACUUUAGAUAGCAGCAGUCCAUUGGGGCCAGAAACAUCAUUUCGUCUUCGUCGUAGUUCGAGCUCUGGACGAAGCAUACCGUCACAAUAUCAGUUGCCAAGUCCACGUCGCAGCAGUUCGAACUCCGGACGAAGGAUACCAUCGCAGUAUCGGUUAUCAAGGCCACUUCGCAGCAGUUCAGUGCCAGCGGGCCCUUUGUGGUCUGACGCAAGCACGCCCGAGCAAUAUAGGGUACGUGACUUUCAAACAACAAAUAUAAGAAUUGAUCCUCAAGAAUUUGAACAAGUAUCUCCUUUCGUAACAUGGGACCCUGACACGUCGAGAUGGAGUCGUGAUUUUGAAGACAGUUUGGCAGAAUUAUGGAAUAAACCAAUGCGUAUCAAUGUUGUGGGUCGUGGUACCUCUACAAAAUCAGCAGCCAUAUUACCAGAGAAAUCAAAAGGUGCCGACGGAGUAAGUCGUGGUACUUAUACAAGGCCAGCGUCCAUAUUACGUGAGGAAUCAAUAGUUACUGAUGGAGCACGUCGUGGUACUUAUACGGUGCCAACGUCCAUGUUACAUCGUGGUACCUAUACGAAACCAGCGUCCAUAUUGAGGGAUGAAUCAAACCGUAGUAGUUCUAGCUAUGAUAGUAGUGCUUCGGCGGAAUAUAAGUCACAAAAGAUUCUAGACAUAAAUCACCAUUAG